CUACAUGCAUCAGGAAAGCUGAUUCAUUAAUGUCACAAGUGCGCAUUUUAAGAACGUUCUACGCAUAAUGAAUGAGUUGUCUUUAUUGCUCCUUCCUGUUGAAAAUAUGCCUUCUUUUUCGUUCUGAAAACGAGCCGUGCACUUUCCUCAACUCAUUGGCACGUCAUUGCCUUUCCAUUCGACCAGCUGCCGAUGCAAACGCAUUCAUCAGUAACACGUGCAUUGGAAACGCAUAUGUCCAAACCCUGCUUAAGGGUACCUUCUUUUUGAUCAAUCAGACUUCUAGAUGACAACUGCAUCUCCUGCGCAAGAAAUGUAAUUAAACGAGGAAAUCAAUAGACGCAUCUAAGAGUAGCCAACCAAUGAAAUUCUUCGUUUAAAUUAGCAUUUUACAUCUGUGACGACGCGGCCAUUAACUUGCAAGUGGUCAACAGUCUGUCCACCACCCAGGAAGCAUCGGGCAGAAUGUAUGUGAUGGAGGGAACGCGCUCACCGAAGGAAUUCUGAAAGCUCACCUGUAACCACCGCUUUAUCGCCGACCACAAUAAAACGGAAUAAAUGCUCAAUCUGGAGCGAUGAUUUAGAUCCUCCAGAAAAGCCUUAGCAACGCCGUACAUUGAGUAUUUCAACGCGAGGCGCGCGGAUGCCAGUGAGGCAGGUUUCCGCGAGCAGACACCUGUGUGUGUUUUUCCUGCGGAGGAUUGCUGUUCUGUCAGGCUGUUUUAUCAGCCUUGUCAGAGAGGGUUUUUUCUUAACCAAAAAGCAGCUGCAGUCUACUACUCUACAAGGGAAGCCACGGAGCAGCGGCGGAGGAGCAGUCUCAGACACGUUAUUCAUCUGCUGAUAGCCGGAAAGUGUGGACGAUUUACCUUAAUGAAAAGCGUGUGCCCAGCAGAGAUAGUGCCAAAAGCUAAGUGCUGAAAACGUAGGGGUUCUUGGCCUUGGAGGAACCUUGGAAGACUGACAGCGGCCGUGCGGAAUGUUACAUUAACGGGAAUGAAUAAACAAUUACGUGACUGGUCGGGAGCGCACAGAUGCUCAACCUCCAUACAGCGCUGGCCGCGGUUCUGAAGCUCCAGUAUGUUUAUCAUUGGGAUCGUAUCUUCAGACCAUAUUAACACGUGUGGCAGUGAAGAUAACGUAUAGAGAUCUUAUAGAUCCAACGUGAAGAUGCCUAAAAUGCUUGAUCUGAAGUAUCGCUUAAAAUCUUAAAAGAGAACAGGGUAUCAUAUUCAGUUUAAUUGGAAACACUCACAGUGGGAUAGUGGAAAGGCUAUAAUGACUCUGGAUAAUAUAGAGACCAUAUGGACUGAAAUAUGACCAGGAUAUAGUUUUAAAGGGGUUGAAUAACGAACGGAAAGGAAGCCACAUUUCUAAGGACAAAGAUUCUUCUGCCAUGAUGCUGGCGGCGCGUGUUGAUACACAUUCGUGAAUACGGUUCCCUUUUUAGAAUACAGGAAUUUCAUUUAUGAGUAGUUUUCAUAGGACAAAAAUGAAGCAAAAUAUGUAACCUAUGCUUCAAAGUGCUGAUAGCAGCAGCUUUUAAAUCUCUGGCAACGUUACGUCCAACGCGAGCGCUAUUUUAAAAACUGCCAUAAUGUGGUGAACAACGAAGUUCAUUACAAGUGGACCCUUGAAGUACACUGGACUGUUGAUAUUUUAUUUUAAUCGCCGAAGAAAAUCAUUUCAAGAAGAUGACUCGCUCCAUCAUUUUUGUGAACUCCGUCGUACUGUUGCUCUUUGGAAGUGACCUUUUUUUGGUGCGAGCCAAAGCGGAACAGAUCGUGGGUGUGGCUGGAAGUGGGAGGGUGCUGUGGUGCUGCAGUGAGCUGAUCUCUGCCCAUGCUUGCAUGUCAUGUGCGUGCACUUAAAAGCAUCUGCAAUCAAGAUGCAUCAGACAUUUUAUGCUGUCUGAAGGGGCCUUGUCUUUGGAAGGAGCAGCAUCAACCAGUUCUGAAGCUCAGAGUUUCACUGUCACAUGCAAAGAUCGCCCCCCUGCGCCUGUCAACGUCUCCGUCACACACCUGCGGGCCGACUCAGCCACUGUGUCCUGGGACGUCCCAGAGGGAGAUGUGAUCAUUGGCUUCUCCAUCUCUCAGCAGAGACAGGACGGCCACAUGCAGAGACUGAUCCGGGAGGUGAACACCACGAGCCGGGCCUGUGUGCUGUGGGACCUGGAGGAGGAGACGGAUUACAUCAUCCAGGUGCAGUCCAUCGGUCUGUACGGGGAGAGCCAGGCCAGCAGGAAGGUGCACUUCCGCACCCUGAAGAAAUCCGACCGCUUCCAGUCCAACAGCUCCAACCAAGAUGACCCGACGGUGCAGGGCUUGGAUAAGUCCCGACAGCUGCAGACGGGAGAGAUGAUCAUCAUCGUGGUGGUACUCGUCAUGUGGGCAGCUGUCAUCGCCUUGUUUUGCCGGCAGUAUGACAUCAUAAAGGACAAUGACUCCAGCAACAGUAAGGAGAAGGCCAAGCCAUCGUCAGAGCGCAGUACCCCAGUACACCACAGUGGGGGGCUGCUGAGGAGCAAGUUCCAGUCUGUGCCCUCAAUCAACAUCAUCGAUGUCUGAGUCGGAACCCCACUUUCCCUCAGUCGGAACCCCACUUUCCUUCAGUCGGAACCCCACUUUCCCACAGUCGGAAACCCACUUUUCCUCAGUCGGAACCCCACUUUUCAAUAAUCGGAACUUCAGCCGGAACUUCACUUCUGUUCUCACCCACAUUUCUCAGCACUGUAAGCAUUUUUAAAAUUCUGUGCAUGCAUCUUUUUAUCCAGGAGCUGUAAAAUGGUCUACUCCUCUGCCAUGGCGAAUCGAGGCCGACUGAAAUGAUUGUCAAUGAUUCAUGCAACUGCGUUCUAAAGCAAUGUAAAGCUCAACACAUUAGUUAAAGAGUUGCAUGUUGGUCAUUAAUCUGUGCAGCAAUUGGUGUAGUUUGUAAUAAAACACCAUUCUUAUGUACUAAACGAAUGCAAGAAUGAUAAUAGAAGUAAUAAACUAAUAUUAUAGAUGUAAAAUGUAUGCCGACCUACAAUAAUUGCAUAAUAGAUUGCUGACUAAUUACUUACCUGAUAGUCUUUUCUUACACAGACGUACAGCAGUGUCUUUUAAUUAGUUUUGUUGUGUUCAGACUGGCCAGUUAUAAAUGUACUACACAGAGUUAAAAGUGCAAUAUGCCCCAUGUAUGAAUAAAGUGCCUCUAUGCACCA